UUCACGUCAGACGUCAAACGGGCGUCAAGAGCAAAAAAUCCUAAACCAAAACAACAAUACGAUAUAAUUUCCCCGUUAUCACUUAUGCGACAUCGAAGAAUGUAAUAAUAAACAAGCAAAUCACUUAUAACGGACGUCAAGGGAAAGUAUUAGAACGUAGCGCGAAAUGGCGGGCGCCCCUGACCGCGAUCCUGCAGUCGCAGAAACGGCAGCAUGGGUGGAAUUCUGUGAGAGGCACGCUCAGGUCGCCGCCCAGGACUUCUCCAGAAGCUGUAUGCAGUUUAUCAGCAUCAAUCUUGGAGAAAGCGCCAGAGCUACAGUCACCCAUAAGGAUUUCUUGAAGAAGUUCAUUGAAUCAUUUACUGAACAAUUUGAGAUGGAUUUCAAUAAGAGGAGAUUACAGCACACCAAGAUUUCGAAUGGUGUUGGGUCCAAGAAUGAAGAUGAUGUUAUAGAUGAGGAAGGAUCGCCAAAAAUGCAUCACAAACCAUUUUUUAGAAGACUGAGUUUCAAAAUGUUGCGCAAAAGCAAAGACCUAUUCCACAAGCAGCAUUCAGAAGAUGUUGACUUGGCCCAUAGCAAAACAAAGUUGGCCAAAAUAGUUGUAGAAUGUAGAAAAGAGGGAAUAGUCAACUAUUCCACCCCAGAAAGCUUGGACCAACCUGGAGGACCACCAAAAUGGGAGAAAUGCAGACUUCAAUUGGUCAAAGCUACUGGAGGCUACAUGCUUGAAUUCUAUUCACCUCCAAAAAAUCCAAAGCCUCGUUGUGGAGUAUUCUGUGCACUAAUCACAGAAGCCAGAGAAACAACAGCUUUGGAAAUGCCUGAUCAUGAAAACACAUUCGUCCUGAAAGCUAGUAACAACAUGGAGUUUGUUAUCGAAGCACAUGACACUGAUGAUAUGAGGUCAUGGUUAGCAACUAUUAGGUAUUGCAUGAGGUCGGGAGGCCCAGGAUCUCUUGGAUCAGAAGUGUGCGGGCAUGACCAUGUUGAUGCUCCAGAUUUGCCUCCUAGGCAUAUAGUGCCUCGAGGAGGUGAUAGACUGUCUUCCAGUUCCAAUUUUGAAAUUUGCCCUAAUGCAGGAGAGGGAUUCAAUUCAAUGGAGACUGAUAUAGGCCAGACCUUACGUAAAGAGCUGUGGUUCCAUGGGACCUUAGGGCGAUCUGAAGCUGCUCAGCAAGUAUUGCAUGAUGGAGCAGCCGGUCAUGGAAGGUUUCUUGUCAGACAGAGUGAAACCAGGACAGGAGAAUUUGUGCUGACUUUCAAUUUUCAGGGUCGGGCUAAGCACUUACGCAUGACCAUAAACGACCAAGGUCAAUGUCGCGUCCAACACUUUUGGUUCCAGUCGAUCUACGAGAUGUUGGAGCACUUCCGGUCGCAACCUAUUCCAUUAGAAAGCGGUGGAAAUUCUGACGUUACGCUCACUGAUUACAUUCUCAAUCCAAAUGCGCGUCAACAACACACGGGCUCGAUGGGUCGCAGUCCCUCAGCACCCGCGGGUACAAUCCCAUCACAACCGACUCACCAACCUUCAGCCCCAGCCACCAGCACCGCUACAGCGCUAGGCAGUCCUAGCACCGCGGUUGCCACUGCCACCAGUCCUCACGGCACACCAGCUAUCGCUGGCGCUGGCGCGCUCACCAACGGCCACGACAGAAGGGUGCCGCCGGUACCGGAAGUCAGACAAGUGAGAUAGACGUAUUCCUUCCUAGUUACAGUUGUUUUAGAUGGUAUUCGUAUCCCUCUCGUAGACUUCUGCAGGAUGUAGAUUCUGAAUGGCAUGCAACAGUUAUGUGAAUGUUAUGCAAUAAUUGUGUCAAGUCCAAUAUGUCGCUUGGAUCCAUAUGCGAACUACUCGUACAAUUAUAUGUCUAAUCAGGGUUAUGAUUUCGUGUUCUGAAUCCUCUGGACGUUUUAAACUCAGAUAGUUUUUUAUUUUAAUUUUUUGAACAAAACUUAGUGUUUCAAGUAUUUCAAUACCCUAUGAAAUGGUUGGGGACUAUGGAGUACGGACUAAUUCUACAUGGGUCUGUUUGAUUGACUUGACUCACUUUCUUUCGUUAUACAUGAUUUUAGAUAGCCUACAGGGGCUAACUUCCGCCAAACAAAAUCCUUCAUGAACUGAUGGCAGCGUUGCUUACUCAACUUUAAGCCUGGAAACAUACUCGUAAGGCUACGAUAAAAAGGGUCUUUUUGAAUAUGAUUAUGCAAAAAAGGAACCAAUCUUAGAUUCCUUGAUGAGAUUGGCAUCAAUAGGAAGGUUUGCCAUUUUUUGAUUUUUACUCAAAUCGAGAGAUUUUGUUAUUAAAAAGCGAUAAACAAAUUGAAAAAAUAUUGAUAUUUACGUCGACUAAAAGCAUUUCAAAAUCAAGGAUCGACGCGAGGCUGGAACACGUACGUGUGCGCGAGACUAGACCGCGUGUCGUCAGUAGCUAGACACACCUCGCUAGCUCGCCCGCUGCAUUUACCAUUCUCACAACAACGCCCCAGUAAUCGGUUUGGAGUAGUUAGAGCUGGUACGAUAGAUUUUUGUUAAAUUCUGUGAACUUUGACAGUGUUAAAUGUCCAACAGAAAGUGGUGUUUUGUGCCAAAAUGGGCAAGUACGUUAAGUACAACACCACAAAAAAAAUUCUGAGUGCUCCAAAAACUGCCGCACAACGUUAAAAGUUAUUUGACGCAGAUCGACGGGAUGUAAAAUCAGAUUCUUCCACGUCGACCAUGUACUGCUGCGAAGAUAACUUUGACCUGGAAAAAGAUAUGGAAAACUAUCUACAAUGCAAGAUGAGUACCGUUCGAGCUCGGAUGAAUCCUAAUAUUGCACCUCAUAAAUUUGCAUGUUAACUGGGUAGAUAAUUAAGCUCUACGAAACGAGUGUUCAACGAAAAAAGAGCAAGGCAGAAAAUCAAAUAUUUGCAGCCAGCGGCGGCACGCCGGGCGGGACCCUUAACCUAAAAGUCCGAGCCUGAAGGCGUGGAAGUUAUUGAGGAGGAGCGUGAUGAACUGCCUGAACCUUUAACAGUAGAAUUUCAGUCACAGGUAUGUGACAAGGCAUGUCAAACCAAACAGGUUCAUUUUAGAAGCAAGUCAGUUCAAAUCUCGCAAAAACGGAAAGUAAUGGAUGUUGCUGUAUCGCCAAUAAGAAUUCCCGCGCUUGCUAAACAGAUUUCAGAGCGGCCAAAAAAACGUUUGCAAGUGGAAAGUGAACGGGCAAAUCCUGAAAGUCCCGCAAUAACAGAAACAUCCGAAUCUGAUUCGUAUGAAGCCAGUGGAAGCAGUACUGAAAGUAGUGACAGCGAAGCUGACCAGCUUACUGCCGAGAUCGUAGUCAUUCUAAGCGCAAUAUUAGUCAACGUUUAGAACCAGCUCUAAACUUUGUUAUUUUAGUAGCUAUAAAAUUCUAUAAUGUGACUGCCCCCCCCCCCUAAUUUAAGUAUUCUCCAAUAGACGCUAAAAAAUAAGAUUCUCUCUACAUCCCUCUCUUAUUUAAAACAUAUUAGGUACCAUACUUUACUUCAGUAUAGUGUAAUACAGCCUCAUUAUGCAUGCAAAAAGAAUCAAUUUCGGGGCUCUUAAUAGGCGUAACAAGGUAAAAAGGUAUGUAUGAUAAUUUAAAUUCCAUAAUAUUUUACCUAGGAAGAAAAAAGCAGAAAUAAAUAGCCUUCAAAAUUAUUGUCACCAGCAGGCAUUAUUAUGUCUUAAUAUUAUUAGAUUUCAAUAGACUAAAGCAAAGCAGGAUCAAUUUUUGCGGAGAAAUACAAAAAAAUACCACCCAUCCCAUUGGAGCUAAACAAAUAAAUUUCGCGAAUCAGCUUUCUGAUAACCUUGGAGCAUUGUGCUAGUACACAAACGUCGGUCCCAGUUUAUAUAAAUUCGUAUUCGUAUACUCUUCACUCCGAAGACAAUAUAAGAUACAUGUAUUCUAUGAGGGCGACAGCACGUGUCUGGCUACUGACGUCACGCGGUCUAGUCUCGCGUACAGGUACGUUUUCUAGCCUCACGUCGAUCCUUGAUUCCGUCGACGUAAAUAUUGAUAUUUUGCACCCAAAUUUCUUUGACCGUUUUUUAAUAACAAAAUCCCUCGAUUUUAAUUAAAAUAAGAGAAAUACGAAAAAUUUCGAACCUUCCUAUUCUGACGAAAUAGCCGUAAGUCAAGUGACAUAUUAAGUAAAAAAGAAAGUAGCAUUAUCUGGAAUGAUUUAAUGUUCGUGAAUGGAUGAGUCUGUAUUUCUGAGAAGUCUACGAUUUUCUUCUGUUCUUAUACUGCCAUCUUAUUUACGUAGCUAAUCAAAGAGAAGUUGCGGUAGGCCGCUGCUCUGAAUGCUAUUUGUGCUCAAUGUUUUCAUAUCUAACGACGUACUCGUAACUUAACUUUGUCUUUUUUCUUUCUUUCAAGUUGCUUGGUUUUGUUUGUUUGGCUUACAUGCUAAGCAACUUUGUUCCGAAUACACAUUGACAGUCAAGACAGAUUCAUUUCACAUCCGAAAAGUAGUAUUAAACUUAAAAUUGCAAGUGAUAUACUUUUAUCGCUUAACCAUUGGAUGCAAAUGAAUGACUAGACUGUUUAAUUUACUUUAUCAAAGCAGAAGUACCUUUAAUCUUACCAAAACUAAAUAUUUACUUGGAUUUUUGCUGCAUACCUCUGUCUGCCAAAACAUUUGUCUACAUGGAGAUAUGUUUCAUUGCUCAUUUUUAUUCUUUAUUAUUCAUAGAAAAAGGCACUUUAAUGACGUUCCUUCAAAUUAUAAGUAUGUAAUUGUAGUUUUGAAAAACCUUGAACCAGCCAGCGACUUUAUAUGUUUUUAAACUAGAGGGGAUGGUAGUUACACUUAUAAAAUGGAAUCGCGUUACUGAUAAUAAUUACCUAAAAUUUUCUCAUCUAAUCUGUGAUACUUAUUUUCCACAAUUAUGUCAGGAUCUUAGUCUUCCAUAAAAAGAAACAUUUUCGAAAAUGAAUUUGAAGUUAAAAUGCCUUUUUCAUCUUAUAGUGAUAUUUUUUAUUUAUCUGUUGUUGUAAAUAAUUUAUUUUUUCCUUGUAAAUGUGUUUGUUUCCAGCUUUAUAUGUUUUUGAGGGAAACUAUUUAUUUAUAUAUUUUGUAUAAUGCUCAGAGUAUUACUGGAUGUCGGAAUUAAUUUAAUCAACUUUGUAGGAAAAGGUUAAUUUUCUUUUGUGAUUCAAAUUGAUAGCAACUCUGCAGAAAUAGUUAAUUGUGAAAAUAAUUUAAACGAUUACAAUAGUACGAAUUUACUACAUACCAAUAAUACUCUCUCGUAUACAGCAUGUUCCAAUUCAAAAGCUUCAAGUGUCUGAAAUCAGGUGUUACACUGCAGCUUUACAUACGACAAAUAAUUUAAGACGUUUAAUAUAACAAAUAAUGCAGCAUGAAGCAUGUAUGAAUCUAGCAAUGUGCUUCAUUUCGUAGUGUUCAGCUUCUGGUUUGUGUCACUAGAAAGCUUCAGUAUCAUGCUUGAUUUCAAAGUUUUUAUAGAGGAUCUUUAUCAAAAUAUACAUAUUCACAUGGCUGAGGUUAUUUGCAAUAAUAGAAGCUGAAAUUUGUCUGGCCUGGAUUUGUUUACUAUAUAAAUUAAUUUGGAAAAAUUGAUGUACUACAUAUCAAUUCGCUAAGAUUAUCUGUAGAACGAUACCCAAUUAUAUGUCUUAAAAGGACUUUCAAAAGGCGUCUAUCUAUUACAUCAUUGCUACCUAACGUUGAAAAGUAUUACAUAUAUUGUGAAUCAUUUUGAUAAGACUUCUAUCAUUUCUAAUUUCGGAUUGUUUUUUGACUUCCAUAUCAAGCAAGGGAUAUUCUGUACAAAUAUGAUCCAGUGCAAUUUUUUCUAGUAUAUAGUUUUAUUUAAUAAUUUAUUUUUAUAUUAUUUUUAGUAUGAUUUUAAGCGCUAUUUAUUGGAAUAUGUAGUUAUACAUAUUAUUAUGCAUUAUUUUCAACCAUCAUUUCGAAGUACCACUUCCAGAUAACAGUCUUAAAUGUAAAAAAAUACCUACUGUACAUUCUGUACGUAUAUUUUUCAAACGAUCUAUUUCUUGGAAGAUAUUUUUGGCGGGGUUAGCUUUUCUAAGAACCCAAAUUUGUUGGUGGAAAAAGAUCCAACACUGCUGGGAAUUUCGUAGUCUUAUAAUGAGAUAUUAUAAUAAGAUUUAUCAUUAUACAGGGUCCUCAAAUUAGGUCAAGUGUGAUAUCUCAUACUCGUCAUUAUUACCUAGCUUUCAAACAUAUAUGCUUUUUCUUACUAAUAAUUAUUAGUUAACCUGAGAAAUCACAAUUAUUGAUCGCAUUCCUUCAGUGAGAAAUAUAUCUACUGUUUAGUUGAAUGGUGAUAAUGAACAUGCACCGAGGUAAAUAAUGAAUGGCAUUUAAAACUGUAAUUUUUCAACUGCAUUAGGUCAUUUUGACAACUGAACAUUAUAUUUAGAAACUAUUAAGAACGAGUAAUGUUGACAAUAGCUCCUCUAUAGGUAUUUUUCGUGAAUACCUCAUUAAUCGGCAUAAUAAAGGGUGUCUCAAUAAGAGCGGCGGAUUUGAUUUUCAAGAAAAACGCAAUUUCUUUUGGAAUUGAGCGUGUUUCAACAUGAAGAGGAACAGUUGCGAUUAAACAUGAAAUAGGACAUCCGGUAAAUGGCCACCACGAAACCUCUGGCACAACUGUGGCUCUAUUUCGUCGAUAACGCGCCGUAUCUGUUGUUUAAAGCGUUCAACUCUACCUUUUCCUUCACAUAGCCCCAGUGGAAGAAGUCCAUUGGCGUUAGAUCGCACGAUGUUGGUGGCCAAUUUUGAUCGCCAAACCGAGAGAUGACACGGUUUGGAAACUUGGUCCGCAGUAACACCAUUGUUUCGCGUGCUGUGUGGUAGCUCGCACCGUCUUGUUGAAACAACAUAUCCUCCGCAUCAAUUCGAUCCAACUGGGGCCACAGAAACUCUGUUAACAUUUCGCGAUACCGCACUCCAUUAACAGUUACCGCAGUUCCAGUUGCAUUUUCGAAGAAAUACGGUCCAAUCACUUCGCCACUCCACAUUGCCUACCAAACGGUAACUCGCGGCGGAUGCAUGGUUCAAUUAUUAUUACACGAGCGUUUUCAGAACCCCAAAUUCGGCAGUUCUGCUUAUUGAAAAUGUGCCUCAUCAGAGAAAAUGAUUUUCUUCGAGAAAUCCACAUCAAUUUGGUGGUGCUCCAGCGCCCAAUCAACAAAUUCACGGCGUUGCGCAUGGUCCGUUGGCUUUAGUUCUUGCGUCAGUUGAACCUUGUACGCAUACAAGCACAGAUUCAGAGUGAGUGUGGUGAGGUUCAAUUCUGGGCCACGAUGCCGAAUGGAAGUGCCUGGAUUCUCGGCCACACUUUCCCGCACUGCGACUAUAUUUUUGAGGGACCGACCAGGACGGCGACGAACGGUCUUCAGAUUCAGCGACGUGAAUUUUGUCUCAAAUUCUGUAAUUAAACGGCGAACUGUCGACUCAUUUGGCGCAUUAUUGCGACCGAAAAUUGUACUUAAUUUGCAAACUGUCUCCGCGUAAUUGUCUCCAUUUUUGUAGUGAUUUCACAAUAAUUAAACGUUGCUCGUUUGAAUACUGUUGCAUGACGUCUAAUCGCGUGGUCUGGACAUCAUUGCUAUCGUCAAGUAGUCACCAUACCAUUUGUACAAGAAAAAAAUCAAAUACGACGCUCUUGUUGACACCCUUUAUUAGAAAACGUCCUUCAAUGUUAAAAGAAAGGAAAACUAGGUAUUGCACCUUACACCCUUUCAAAAUGGACCGGCCCUGCUGGCUGUAUGUUACAUUCAGUAAUCCCAGUUUGACAAUAGAUAUUUGAAAGUAUUAGUAAUAUAGGUUGGAAACGUCAUGGAUUGUGAUGUAAAAUCGAAUAUUUUGUGAUAUACAGUGUUAGCAGGAAAAAAUUCUAUAUACACACCACAUUUGAGGAUACCAUUAUUCAUCUUGCAUACUAUAUCCCCAGCAAGGUCCCUCAGAUUAUAGAAAUGCUCGCUCAAUAACGGCUCACUUUCCAAACUAUGAAUGUAAUGUACAAUUUUGUAAUCUUCAAUCAUUUUUAAUAUAUUGAUGCCGAGGUAUUCUUUAUCAUUACAUUUUUAGAGUUGUUCAUGGGAGAAGUCUGGUACUUUUAGAGGAAAUUGUGCAGGUGAAACAUGUACUUGAACUUGGAAUUCAUUGUUGUUAAAAGCAUCAUUUUUAAAGGUGUCGUUAUUUGUCUAUUUGCAGAUAUCAUAGCUGCUCAAAUUGAGAUAUUUGUUACAAACUAUGACAUCACAGUUACUUCUACAAUUUUAAUUCUCUGCGACUAUGAAAUACCCUGUAUUCCAAACAUUUUUAUGAUCGAUAUUUUCAUACCCAGUUGAUAGCAUUUCUAUACAACAAAACAUAUUAGUACCGUUUUUUAUUAGUUUUAAUGUAAAUUGUGAUAGCAGGUGAAUCAAAAAUCGCAUUGCUUUGAAAAAGAAUUUUGAUUCUAUUUUUGGAAGAUUACCUUUUUAUUUUAUUGGAGUUCAUUUCUAAAAUAGGGAUUUUUAAUGCUUCAUGGCCCAGUUUAUAUGAUUUGGGAUUCUUUAGAUUUGUUCACACUUUAUCUUUAAAAUACUCUGG